GUGAAUCUACAUCGUAAUUACCAGAAAAUUUGAUUAUUGCUAGCGAGAACUUGUGCUCUACUGCCUGGGCAUAAUGGUUACGAUUGUGCCAUCGCGAUUUGCCGGUCUCCGAAUCGAGGAUGACGAUGAAGAGUGCCCGAAACCGAAACAAAACCAGAAAGCUCCCGCGAAUCAAAAGUCUACCGCCGGCAGUAGCAGCGGUAGCAGUUCAACCAAGCAGGGUGGUAAUCACCAACAUCAAAAAAAGAAACCGAAAAAACCUAAAAAGUCUUCCAACGAUGGUGCACAAAACGAGCAGUGGUCAAAAUGGCAACAAAAGGACACCGAAAUAGUGGAAAGUCACUACGAAAAAGAUCUGGAACAAGCUCUGAUGCUGUCCAAGCUUGAAUUCGAAGCAAAUAAAACAAAAAUUUUACAAGCAGAACGGGAGGCCAAGCAAUCUGCAAAACCGAAAAAAUCACGUCCAUUGUCGCUGCAACAGUUUCAGUCGAAAAUUGAUAAAGAUUCCGCAGAAAAAGAGACGGAAAGGCAACGCGAACUUGCCGAGGCUGCUGACAACAAGAAGUUUACCUUCUUCGAACAAAUUGACCGAGAAACGAAGCAAACUAUACAAAAGGAGCAGUACAAAUCUUUGGUUUCCAACCGUGCGUACAAUUUCUCGGAAGGUGCCGUUGCCGAUGAAAAUAAGGAACCGCCCGAUUCGCCAGCGGAAGAAAGCAGCGAGUUGGAGAAGCUCAAAGCGGAAAACGCUACCCUCAGGGCAGAGUUAGAUUUAGCCACGACAAGACUGAAGAAAGCUUGUUCGAUGCUUAAGGCUGGCGAGAUGAAGGACAAAGCUGCCCUGCUGAUCGAAAUCGCACAGCUCAAAAAAGUUCAUGAAGAAAUGGCCAAAGAAAUGACCGCGUUGAGCGCCGAGCUACAGCAGGAAAAGUCCAAAGCCGGUAGCGCUAACCACGAACGGGGUGGCAAGGAGCGAGCAGGCGGUAAGAAAUCCGUUCGAUUCGAUGCGUCCACGGAGCUGCACAAUGGAAGGGAUGCAUGAGUAGGGUGAAAAGAGUUGACGAGAGAUGUUGCACACCGAUGUUCCUUUCAGUUGAUUUUGACUUGUACGAUUGGGAUUAAUAACCAGAUCUCGUGAUAUAUCCAUGAUUUUUUUAAACAACUAGUAAUAGUAAUGGCCGUGCAAGUGAAAAUAAGUAAAGUAAUAAAAAUGUA